UGUCUUCUCUCCAAAACGAAAAAGUCUCUUCUCCGUCAACAUUUCGCUUUUCCUCUUUCCCUAAGUCUCUCUCUCUCUCUCUCUCUCUCUCUCUCUCUCUCUCUCUCUCUCUCUACAGUCAGAGGAGAAAGAAAAACAGAGACUCUUCACGCUCCCAAAAAAACUUAACACCUUAGCCUCCCCAAAUGACUUCAGACUCUGUCAAGCACGGCGGCACAACCAUCUCCGCCGGAUCCUUGGAAUUAAAAAGCUUCCUCACCACCGUGAAACCAAGAAAAACCUCGACUUGUGUAUACGCUUUCGUCAUAACCUUUGUCCUCCUAACUGUUUUCUUAGUCUUCACGCCUUCUCCAAUCACCACCGUCUCUCACUCCAUUCCUUCAUUCAUCCUCCUCCCUAACGUCACCGCCUCCGUUACCGUUACUUCGCCGUCCAGCUCCACCAUAAGAAACACCACAUUGCCGGAAAACCUCAGUCCGGCUGCUACUGAAAACGCAACCUUCGCGUCUCCUAUCGCUAAUGGAACAAAUUCACUUGCUUCUGACUCCCGGACCGACCAUGCAUGUGGAAACAUAUUGUCUCCCGACAACAAGACUAAUGAUUCUGUUCCUCCUCCAAGUUCGGACAAACAAGCACCUCUGUCCAAAGACCUAGCCGUCAAUUCCUCUGCUUCUCCGAUGAGAAAACAGAGUAUAAAGUCGCGGAAGAGACGAGAGAUCAUCAAGUCUCUGAAGAAGUGCGAUUUCUACGAGGGAGAGUGGGUGAAAGACGAUUCGUAUCCGCUUUACAAACCCGGUUCGUGUAAUCUCAUCGAUGAGCAGUUUACUUGUAUCUCUAACGGAAGACCCGACGUUGAUUUUCAGAAACUCAAGUGGAAGCCUAAGCAAUGUACUUUACCAAGGUUGAAUGGAGGUAGAUUGUUGGAGAUGAUUAGAGGAAGAAGACUCGUGUUUGUUGGAGACUCUCUGAAUAGGAACAUGUGGGAGUCUUUGGUUUGCAUUCUUAAAGGAUCAGUCAAAGAUAAGAGUCAAGUCUUUGAAGCUCACGGAAGGCAUCAGUUCCGUUGGGAGGCUGAGUACUCUUUCGUCUUCAAAGAUUACAAUAGCACUGUGGAGUUCUUUGCAUCGCCUUUCUUGGUUCGAGAAUGGGAAGUUACGGACAAGAACGGGACUAAGAAGGAGACUUUGAGGUUAGAUUUGGUCGGGAAGUCUUCUGAACAGUACAAAGGAGCUGAUGUUCUUGUAUUCAAUACUGGACACUGGUGGACUCAUGACAAAACUUCCAAAGGGGAGGAUUACUAUCAAGAAGGAAGCAAUGUUUACCCGAAACUCGACGUGGACGAAGCUUUUAGAAAAGCAUUAACAACUUGGGGUCGAUGGGUUGAUAAGAAUGUGAAUCCAAACAAGUCUCUUGUCCUCUUCCGUGGAUACUCCCCUUCGCAUUUCAGUGGUGGACAAUGGAAUGCAGGAGGAGCAUGCGAUGAUGAAACAGAACCGAUCAAGAACGAGACAUACCUAACGCCUUACCCGUCUAAAAUGUUAAUACUUGAAAGAGUUUUAAAGGGGAUGAAAACGCCGGUCACGUAUCUCAACAUCACGAGGUUAACAGAUUACAGGAAGGACGCUCACCCCUCUGUUUAUAGGAAGCAGAAACUAUCUGCAGAAGAAAGAAAAACUCCGUUGUUGUACCAAGACUGUAGCCACUGGUGCCUCCCAGGAGUGCCUGAUUCUUGGAACGAGAUUCUCUAUGCUGAGAUGCUUGUAAAGCUCCACCAGCUUCAUGGCAACAGACGGCGGAAACCUAAAGGUGUAUAGGAGUUGGAAUCAGAAUCUUUUUGUUAGAUGAAUACAGAUCUUUUCAAAUGAUGAGAAGAAAAGGAACCACUUAGAAUCAACGGUCUCCUUUUCAGAUUUGUGCCAUUGAAGUUGUAGAGAAAGUAAGAGAUGGGAAUCACAUUAGUGCCUUGAUGUACGUCAGAGAUGAGUUAAUCACUUGAUGUUGCUGCAUUUGUAGUUAAUUACAAUUUACAAGUGAUUCAUUUUUGUUACAUGCAACUCCAAAGUAACUGUGAAAGAUAUCAACAGUAUAGUCAGGUCUAUC